GCAUCCGCGGCCGCAAGAUGAGAAUACCGGCCCUGGUCUCUGCGCGAGUCUCCUCUUCGCCAUAUUUGCUAGAGACAGCCAUGUCUGCUAUCACGCCGGUAAGAAACUCGACACGCGUGGCGUUCCGGAAGGCGUGGUUUGCAAUCGCGCUGAUGUUCGUCGGGCCGGGGUUCGUGUGCGGUCACGGGCCGAAUGACUCCGUCACCGACCAGUGGCUGGCCAUGGAACGUGUGUUCAAGGGCGCCGUCGACCAGGGCUUCAGGAGGCUGCUUCCGCACGUUCUCAAGAUGAGCGAGGACAACGAUCUUUCUGCGCAGUGCACUUCCGCCUUCAUCGCCGUGCUGCGGAAACUUAGAAGUCUGGAUAGGAACGUCCUUCGGAUGGUGGACGCCUCUGGAAAGCUGGCACCGGGGCUCCUCGAAGGAUCGCUCACGGACUUCGGAAAUUUCGACGAGUGCCUCAGCGUCGCAGUUGGAGACGACCCUUCCGCGCAUCCUCUCUUCAGGGGUCAGUACUGCAUGGUGAAGGCGCGGCCUCCUCUGCCGCCCAAACCCUGGGUCGUCUCCAAGCACUUUCAAGCGGUGAACUUCUCACUGUUUCCCGAGACCUCGGUAAUUCGAGAGUUGCUCGAGGAUGCUGGAACCUUCUACGCAACCACCACAAGGACGGGACUAUGCAUGCCAUCGUCAUGUUCCAAGCAAGACGUCGAAAGCAUCGUCAAAGGCGUGUUCCACACCAUGCACUGGUCUGCUGUUGUGAGCUACUGUACCAUCAACGAGAAGCCUCACUUCACAACGCAAGACAUUGUUAUAGUUUGCAUUUUAAGCUGCUUGUCCCUUCCCGUGGUGUUGUCAACGUUGCUCCAAACAAGUAUAUUUAUAUGGGAUGCCUUCUCGAAGUGCCCUCCCAAGCAUGGCUCAGCCAUACAGAGGCUUUCCUCUCUGUCGGCGUACGAGACGGCUCGAAAACUUCUGGUGGUGCGUGCGCCCAAGGACGAGGAUUCGCGGCGCCUUCAGGUGUUUCACGGACUCCGGGCACUGAGCAUCAUCUGGGUGGUGUGGGUUCACCACUACGCCUACAACGAUAUUUCUGUGUACUCGGGGGCGAAAAUGGCCAAGAAGCUCGUGGUCCAGUACAACACGCAGCUUUUCAACAAUGGAUGGCUGGCUGUGGACACAUUUUUCUUCGUCAGCGGAUUCUUUCUUGUAUACGCUGUGAGCAAGCAUGCCCAGACCUUUGGAGUCCCAAGAAUAAUUAUCUAUACGGUGGUCCGAUGGUGGAGGUUGAUACCCCUUGCCUGCAUCGGAAUAUGCAUGCUGAUCCUCAUACGUUUCUUCGGAGAUGGUCCUCUCUGGAACGAGUUGAUAAGCGCAGAAAUCGAUAAAUGCAAGAAAUAUUGGUGGCUCCUUAUGUUAAAUGGUCAGAAUUUUCUCAGGCACGACGAGCUGUGCCUGGUUCCAUAUUGGUACAUUUCCGUGGAUACUCAGCUGCAGAUAUUAUUUAUUGGCUUCGUGGUUUUAUUGUUUCGGAGGACGUAUUUAGCCCUGUUCUUAAUGGGCUUAAUGGUAAUGGCAGGCGUCGGCGUUGUCAUGGCCCAGACGCUCGUCAAUGAUUACCAGCCAACGGCACUUUUUGUAGCGGGUGAUCUUCUGUUUUCAAAGCAUUUGCUGAGUGAGCUAUACUUCCGACCAUACACUCAUUUUGGGCCAUUUUGCCUGGGCAUUGUGGUCGCCUAUGCUUUCGUCUCCAAACUGACGCAGCAUAGUAUAGGAAAGGUGUUCCAAGCAGUGUGCUGGGCGGUGUCCCUGUGCUCUGGCGCUACCAUUCUGUUCUGCACCAAGGAGUGGGGCAGCGGGGACGUGCCUCCCCCCUGGGUGUCAGCCGCCUACGCCGGAACGCACCGCCUCGUCUGGGGACUUUGCCUCGCCUGGAUCGUGGUCGCCUGCGUCUCGGGUAGAGGAGGAAUCGUGAACGCCAUCCUGAGCACCCGUUUGCUCGUGCCCAUCAGUCGACUGUCUUACUCCAUCUACGUGCUACACGUCCCGCUCGUGUGGCUGCGCAUGUGGACCAUCAGGGAGCGGAUCCUCAUAUCCUUCAUGCCCAUGUUUUACAACGGCAUAGGAACCUUCAUAUUAUCCCUCGUGGUUGCUUUUUUCGGCACCCUGUUCUUCGAGAGGCCACUCACAGCCGUCAAAGACGUGGUCUUUGGUUUUUUUGCAUCCCUCGGGCGUGACGAGAAGGGAAAGCUGAGCUCGGUGAAAGAGACAACGUUCAACACUGUCUUCCAGACAUCCUCUUCGUCGGACCCUAUCUUCUCCGGGGAGAGCGUGGCCAAGGUUUCGCAUUUUUCCACCGGGACAUGCUCGCCACCGUUGAAUGUGAAGGAUAAUUUGACUGUUCGCUUGUAAGAAACCUAUUUCUCCCUGCUCCUGCUUUAUAAAACGUUUGUUCAGUUAAAA